GUUGGUUAGUUUACUGAGAAACUAGGACCCGGGGAUUCGUGGCUAUUAUCCCUUCAUCCCUCUCCACGCCGGAAGCAGAGAGAGAGAGAGAGAAAAGAGAGAGAGAGGAAUGGCAACCACUACCACCACCGCAGCUGCCGCCACCACUGCCCUGUUCUCAGUGCCAUCAACACCACCACACCAAGUCCCAGUACCCAAACAAAUCCCAUACGUGAAUAGAUGGUUGUUCAUUGGCUAUACAAAAUCUUCAUUUAAGCUCAGACCUCUCGUCCUCCGUUCUUCUUCAACGUCUUCAUCUUCAACUCCAGUUGUUGAACAAGAAGAAGAAGGAAGCCUUCUUGUAGAAGCUGAAUCUACCUCCGUUCAGGAAUCUGAUUCCCUUUCUCCUUUGAGGGGCUGCAAGGCAUGCGGGAGAGAGGAGAUUGAGAAGGGAUGCAAUGGUGAGGGACGGAUCCAGGGUGGGAUUGCAACGGUCCCAGGCUUUGGCUGGUGGCCAAUAAAGGCUUACAGGCCUUGUCCUGGAUUUGUUGCUUCUGGUGGUAGGUAUAGGAGACGUGGGCAGAGCAUGGAUGAGGUUGCCUGGGGGAGAGGGGAGAGAAAAGAUCCCAUGGGUACCAAAAAUGAGGCUUAAUCAAGCAAUAAGCAAGGGCCAAGGAGAUUUAAGAGGUGGCAUCGUGUGUGAACCAAUUGGCGUGCCUCGUGCUUAACACAGAUACACCAAUGCAAAUUGCUCUGCUGGAGGGUGAAAAAUGUUGCACUUGGCUUGGUCUUGAUCAAGUUUAAAUUAACAUUCCAGCAUAAAUACAAAUUCAGGUCUUCUGUAUUCCUACAUAUCAUACAUCACUAAAAUUUGAAGAUUUUUAGGUUGUUUUUGCUGUAUUUUCAUGUUCUGUAAUUGUGCUCCAGAUCUCAACAUGUCCCUGUUCCACCUGCGGAUAUGACGAGAAAUCUCAACAUGUUGCUGUUCUCCCUCCCUGUAAUAGUGCGUGAGGGGUGUCCAUGGGCCGGGCAGGCUGGGUAGUGUAAGCCCAAGCUUUUACUCAAGUGAGUUAUUGGGCCGGGCCAGGUUUCGGGUAGGAGUAGGCUACCCGCAGCCCAACCUGUGAGUCUAUUGGACUGGCCUGUUUGCGGGAUUUUUUA